UAACUCUUGUUUUAUUACGUAAAUAAGGUACAUUAUAUAAUAACAAAAUGAUGCUUUUGUUGUUGUUUCUAUCUUUUCUUGUUCAAGUUAAUGGAAUUAAAAAGCUACCUAAAGAUGUUUCUCAACAUCUUUACUGUCUUGGUUGUAUUGCUACCAUUAAAGAAUUAGAAAAUUUAUUGGGACGUCGUCAUUUAACAGCUGGUAAUCGAGAUGUCAAGAUAAUGGAAGCCAUUGAAAAUACCUGUUUACCUCAAAACUUCCGUGCAUAUGAGUAUUCACCACCUAAAACAGUCAAAGCAUGUGAACUUCUUUUUGAAAAUCAUGAAGAAGAUAUUGAAAAGGCCUUAUCAAACAGUAAUGGAGAAAGUAUAGAAAAAGAAAUUUGUUACAAAGUUUCUGGUGCUUGCGAAGGUGUAAACAUAAAUGAAAAACAGAAGCGAUCACAACUUGCUGAUAUUGAUCUCACAGGAGAUGGAUCUGCUAGUUUUGAAGUUGAUCCUAAUAAGCCACAAACAUUGGUUAAAUCAGAUAAAAAAAAGAAUGAAAAAAAGACUAAAACAGAAAAAGCAAAGAAAAAAAAAGAAGAAAAGAAAAACACUGGUUCUUUUGAACAAAUCAAUAUUGAUAUAAAUGAUCCAUUAUCCGUUGAUAAAGUUGUGAAGAAGAUCAAAGAUGUAACAGAUCAGAAGACCAAUGAUCAGAAGACUGAAUUAUGAACCUCAGUUUUUAUUUAUAGUUUUUAUUUCUUUAUAAAAUUGUCUUUUUAAAUUUA